UUUUGACCUUGUGCCUGCAAAGUUUAUCCUUAACAGCACUAAAAAGGUUCCACUAAAGGUAUUAAAAAUCCCCGUUAUGAUUCAACGGCAACAAUGUGUGGCUUGUAAUCUCAUGCAGAUCCCCGAUUCUGAGUCCAUAGAUACGUCUUGCACCUGUGGUCAUGUCUACAAGGAAAUCAAACUGAUUGGGGGAAAGAGAUUCUCUGAAUACAGGGCACAGCUUUACUCGCGUUUGGAAAACAGGAAGCAAAGAUUAAUCACUGGGGAAAACAAACCAUUUGGGGAGAGAGCUCAAAACAAAGGUAAAAUUGAGCAUAUCUGCCUACUGGAAGGAAGCUGUUCUCUCUGUCCGAAAACCGAGGAAGGUGCUAGAAGUGACGUUAUUCGAAGAGAAAAAGAACCAUCUAUAAGACCCAAGGUGAUUAGACGACAACUCAACCAAUCACAACACAUCAUGAAGAGCAAGUUGAGCGAAUCGAAAAAUACUUUCACUUUGGGAAAUCUCCAAAGAAGGUUUCCCAUCGCCCUAACAGAAAUUAAUAGACGUCUUGUCUCCCAGAAUCAGUUAUGGUCAUUACUGGACAAUCGACACAAAGUCGUCACGGAUCGGUAAUCAGUGUAAUUGAACAAACAUUUCCAUAUUUGGUAUUUCUUUUGUAAAAGAUUACCGAGUCACUUCUACUCAUGCAUUAUUGGGUAUUUUGAAUCGUAAAGAAAAGAACAUCUAUUUGUCAAAAUUUGAAUAUCUGAACAUAAAUUGUUGUUUCAAAUGAA